CGGAAAACGCCGCUCGCCGGCGUGCCGAAGCAAGCCGAAGGCCCGAAGGGUCGCCGAGGUUACCUGGCGCCCUGGCGGACGCGGCCAGAGAUGCAGUUUUCGCCAGUUUUCGGCGCGCUGUUGAGCGAGUCACAUCGCACAGCAGCGCAUCUGUGAUCAGUGAACAUAGAGGAACGCGCACAAGUCACAACUACUUUCCACUCGUUACUUUCUCGGAGCGAUGUUCAGGCGAUUCGCGACUGUUCUAGAAGUAAUUUUUGGUGAGGUGUCGUGUACGGCGUUUUCCUAAACAUUGAUCGAAUUUGAGUGCGUUGCUGUACUAAGUGUCCCAAACAAACAACUAUCCGCUGGCUGCUGGCUACCGCAAGUGUGUGUGUCUCUCAAACUUGAAGGACGGGCGGUGAGAGGGUGGGAGGUGUAUUAUUUUAUUCGCCUCUCCUCUUUCACCCUCGUCCCCAAGUGUUCCCAUCAUUUGCAAACAGCUUCAACGAGUUCGCUUGUGCAGGCAUGUACUUGCAGGUAUGCUACAGUUAGUGCAUGAUCAAAAUUUGUGUGUAAUAUUCCACUGGAGGCUGUAAAUCGCGUCCCUUGCCGUGUCUGACCGGCCACCGUGCCCCGAGCCGAGUCGAGCCGAGCCGCCACGGCAGUGGUGGCUAAAGAGCCAACAGUAAAAGAGGCGCCACGGGCGGCUGUGGUGGGGGGUCUGGUUCAACUGGGGACGCUAGGCGAGCGCUCCGUUUCUCAUACCGAUGCGCAUCUGUCUGUCUAGCAGACGAAUUUGAACCGCGGUCCACGGAAAACACUUGUUAGGCUAGGCUUUUAGGCUGCACGUAAAGAGCCGAGCCUACGAACUCUCUCGACGCAUCAAUAGGUCAAACGCUAAGAAAUGGUUGGGUGCUGUGUAGGCAAUUGCACCAAUUCGUCUGCAAAGGGAUUUGGUAUGUUCAGAUUCCCUAAAGACCCAAAAUUCAGAGGGAAAUGGACGGAUGUUUGUGACCGACCUGGCUGGGCUCCAUCCAAUCACUCGCGAAUGUGUGAUGCCCACUUUGACGAAAACCAAUGGGAGAAGUAUAAGGUCAGGCUGAAGUCAGAGGCAGUGCCACACAGAUUAUGCACUUGUCACCACAGAAUCCCUUACAAUGUGCAUGAAAUGUUUGGUGCAAUAGCACCAAAUGUGGAUCACUUGUACGCAGCUAAGCCUCAGCAUUUCCGUGAUUGCUCGAAAGUUUUGGGCAGAACAGUGCAGCAAGUUCCCAGUCCAGUAGAUGUAGUUGAGCAUUGUGUUUUGCAGCGGCAGUUGCAAGAUUUGACUGCUCGUUUAGCUGCCAAAGAAAAUGAGGUGAAAGGGCAGCAAGCCCUUCUGUCAUCUGUGUCCAGUUUGAAGAGUGCCUCGGAAGACAACAACAUCAAGCCCCAUUUUGAUUCCGGUGACAUCAAGAGCGGCCUUCAACUCAGAUUUGCUUGCGGAACAUCUGGGUAUGAAACGGUACUAAAGAGCCCUGCUUUAAUGAAGAAGCAGCCAAGUGUUCGCACAUUGCAGAGAAGAACUGAGCAUAUCGCUUUUGAGCCCGGACUCCAAAUAGAUAUAAUCUCUGCUCUUCGGGAAAAAGUGAAAGCACUUCCAGACCAAAGAGACAGAGAUUGUAAUCUAUUUUUUGAUGCAAUGGCAACCAAGGCUCGGCUUGACUUUGACAUUGGGACUAAAUCAUAUUUGGGGCGGUCUACUUUGCCGGGCUUAGAAAACCCUGACUUAGCUUGUAAAGGUGAAAUAUGGAUGUUUGGAGGCAUUCGUCAAAAGUGGAAACAAAUUGUAGCUUGGCAUCUAACUCCCAAUCAAGAAUGCGCUAAAGUUAAGAAAAAUGUGAUUUUGGACCUUCUGAAGAAGGCUGACGAAGCUGGUCUGAAUGUAGUUUCAAUAGUGUGUGACGUGGGAAACCGUUCCCUUUUAGCUGAGUUAGGCUUUUGUACAACCAAAAGCGAAAUGAGGUACUGCAUACCUAAUCCUGUGAAGCCAACUGUUCCACUCUACCUGGUACCCGACGCUGUUCAUGUGUUCAAAAGUUUAAAGGAGAUGAUUGUCUCCAAUGAAGUCAUUACUCUUCCGGACUACAUUGUUGAGGAAUUUGAUUUGCCAUCAAAUGAAGUUUGUCUUUCCCACAUAGAAUAUCUUGAAGAAUAUCAAAGAGGAGAGGACCUGAAAUUUGUUCCAAAACUCAAAGUGACCGAUAUUCAUACUCCUCAUUAUAGUAAAAUGAAAGUCAAGUCAGCGUAUCAAGUCCUUCACCACAAUACUGCCUGUGGCAUUGAAUACCUAGUUCAGAAGAAGAUAGUGCCAGAGUCCCACAGAACAACAUCUUGGUUUGUAGAGGUUGUGGACCGUUGGAGGCAGUUGAUGACUUCUCGGACCCUUUCAACUGCGUUGGGGAAAAUGAAUGAAGAAGCCUACAACAAAGCACGGGCUCAUCUGAAACUAGUCAUUAAAAUAUUUAAAGACAUGAAAGUGGAAGGAGGGUGGAAGCCAGUGCAAACACAUCUUGUGAUGGCAACAGAAUCUAUUUUAGAAAUCUCAGAGCAUUUGUUAGAAGAGUGUGGCUAUGAUUUUCUUUUUGUGGGCAGAUUCCUUCAAGACAUUGUUGAAAAUUUGUUUUCUGUGAUAAGAAUGCAGCGCCCCACCCCUGGACCCGUAGAACUGAAGUAUCGUCUCAAGCAAUGUGCCCUGUCACAAUUUAAUAAGGAAAUUAAGAAUUCAUCGUAUGAUUUCGCUGAUACUGAUGAUUUUGUUGACCUGUUGCUGGUGAAAAUGAGAGAAAAGCCAGUAGCGACAAAGAAACCUGACCUUGACUUAUCAUGUAUUGUCUGGUGUGAGCAAGUCCCUUUGGACGCAUUUGCAGUUGGGCAAGAAGACAUACUGUACAGAAUGUGUGGUUUUGCUGUUGUGUCCCUUGUUAAGCUUCACAUGCUCAAAUGUGAAUGAUGUCUGCAAAAACUAAGGAACAACACGCUGC